CUGAGUGUGUGUGUGAUGACGUUUAUUUGGUCAAGCGGUCAGACAGAUAUAGGGAUGGAUGGCAGACAAUAUAACUGCAGACACAGCCACUGCAGUUGACUCCAGUCCAUUAUUUCUCUCUACAGGAAUCUCACUAGCACAAGAUGAAGCUUACAAUUGCUCUCAUUCUUGCACUCCAAGUGUCGGUGUGUGUGAGGGCAACUCCCGAGCCUGACAAGGAGUUAGUAGAAAAAUAUGAGGGGCUGAAGGCAACUUUCAUUAAGAGGCUCGUCGUUGCUGCGGAAAAACUGAAAGAGGCCCUUCAACCACUGCUAGAGGGCUCACCAACAGGAAGCCAAGCCAAGGAGAUUAUUGAAGAACUGCAGAAAAGCCCAAGAGUGCAGAGCGCUGUCAAAAUUAUCAGCGGUGUGGCCUCUGAGCUCGAGCCUGUUGUAGAAAAAGGUCGCCUGAGUCUUCUCGGUGUUUACGGCCACUAUCUGCGGCCUUACGUCGGUGAACACCUGGACAAAGCAAUUAAAAACAUCCAGCCAGUGCUGGAUACUGUCCUGCCUCACGAGGGUUAGAGUCUGCAGCACGUCAACCACUGACUCCUUCAACCCGGCAAAACAUGUAUUUUCAUUGCUUCAAUAAUGGAUCCAAAUCUGAAACGAUCUGUGUGUGAAACACGGUCAUUAUGUCAGUGCAGUUUUUUGCAUGUAUAUACUGUGUAUUUGAUACUGUUCUAUUCAGUGCAGAAAAAAACAACAUCUGGUCCAGCUUUAAUAGAAUACGAUUUUGUGUGCCUCAUAAAGAAACAACAGGACUCAUUCCAAAUAAAAACCUCUGGAAAACGCAAA